ACGCAACUUGGAAGCACGAUCGUGUGGGACAUCAGUGAAAGACGUUCGUCGUUUGGCGCACAACAGUGUCUGUGUGUGUGUGUGUGUUUUUUGUGUCCCGUUCAGAGAAAUAUAACUGUUGUCAUCAUGAUUCCUGUGAAGAAUAGCCCGUUGGAAAGUGAUGAGGACCCGGCUCCUCUCUCGGCAUUCCAAAGAUUCGGCCGUCGGGCUACUCUUACGGCAGCCUUUGCCGGAAACACGUUUAAAAAGAUGGGCAUGAAAGUGAAAUUAGCAAAUCGCUUCGUCAAGAAGACAGAGGCUAAAACCGACGGGCCAGAUAUUCGGAGAGUGUUUACCUUUGAUCCAUCAGCGCUCAAUCGCGGUGCAUCUGUUUCUGACCUCUUCGAGAAGGAAGAAAAGGAGGAAGACUUCAAUGAGAUUGUGGAUCAAGACGAUCAGAGAGUAGAAGAAGUUGUAUCACAGGGUUUGGUGGGUUACAUGGUUGAGAGUGUCGCCUUCCGUUUCUUCAUCCUGGCCGUGAUCAUAGUUAAUGCCAUCCUCAUUGUUCUUCAAACAAAUGAAGAUCUUUCGUUGGACUACGCCUGGCUCUUCUCCAUCUUCGACUACAUCGUGCUGACAAUCUUCGUCUGGGAACUCCUCCUCAAGUGGUACAACGGCUUCUUCAUCUACUGGAGGGUGGGCUGGAACAUCUUGGAUUUCUUCAUCAUCCUCACCUUGUUCCUUGGACCAACACUUUCGUUUCUCGGAAGCAGUCGAAUUUUGAGGAUUCUUCGUGUUAUACGUGCUUUUAGAAGUUUGAAGAGUAUUAGCGCCCUCAGCGGCCUAACAGUUGUUGUACAGACAAUUCUGCAGUCUAUUCCAGAUAUGACCAACAUUGCCCUUCUGCUGGUCAUCAUCAUGGUGGUGCUUAGCGUGGCUGGGGUGGCGCUCUUCAGUCGGGACUUCCCCGCCUACUUUGGAAAUCUGGGAGAAGCGAUGUUCACAAUGUUCGUGUGUGUUACGCAAGAUGGAUGGAUGGGGAUGUUUAACCAAUUUCAGGAGUCACCCAACCACUACUUGGCAGGUGCCUGCUAUUUCAUCGUCUGCAUCAUCGUCGGUGCGUUCGUCUUUGCUAAUCUCGUUGUCGCCGUAGUUGUCACAAACCUGGACAAAGCGAUAAGAGAAAUCCAAGCCGAGAACAAGAAGAGGGAGGACACGCUGUCAACCAAGCCAGUCGUUGAAGACGAUGAGCAUCCUCAUCACCUGGAGCAUGAUGUACCGAUCGUCAGCAUGGACGGAGUCUGCAAGCAUGGCAACCUCACCCAACAGAAACCACUGUUCUUUGGAGAUUUUUCCCACAUUACUCCAGAGAAGUUCGAAAACUACAUCGUGGUUUUGACGGCACUAGAGGAAAAUCUGGUGGAAUACAGAAGAAUACGCGACGAUUUGGACAAGAUAUUCGAGCUGGUGUAUUCCAUCAAUGAAGACACGAAGGAGGACGCCAUGCCCACAGAUGGUUCCCGCAUCACACCACCGUUCGAUCCCAGCUUCAAAGUGGAGGACAUUGGACGCAAGGGAGACAUUCUGUCCAACCUGAUGGAGCUGGACAGACACAAAGGCGUAUCAUCAGGCAAGCCAGCGGACAGCUACCGCCAGUACAUCAAGGAGACGGCCAAGAUCCUGGACCAGUUGGGCCAAGCACACCAACCACAUUUGCCAGGCUCAAUAGUCGACCCCUCCGAUAUACCGGGACCUUCCUCCGGUAGGAAAGGAGACAGGAAUUAGCAGAUUGGAUCCAAGUUACUUUCCACGACUUUCUUUGGUCCACGUUUUAGCUUCUGAUCUUCACAUAUUGUUUUUUGUUCGAAACAUAAGGCUACGAUGAAACAGGAAAUGUCUACCAGGCCUGUUGUUGGCUUGUGAUGUUCGCUUCACUUGAAGCAUAAACCGACAGUUAAAGAGGGAGAUUGGAAUAAACCAGCCAGUGUUGAAAAUAUGAACACAUAAUGUAGUUUUGAACGAGUUCCUGUUGUUUUUGUGAUGCAAUGUACGUAAAACAAAUCUUCCAAAUUGAAAUAAAAUGUACAAUUGGAUCGAAACGUAUGUCCGAUCUGGACAAGGUGUGUCUCUUGUUUGUUUGCAGUUGUUAUGGUUUAACAACAAAAACGACCGACAGACAUUUGUUUAAUGACUUGAACCUUUGUUUUCAAUCAAAUUUAAGUCAUAUUUGGAAAGGUACCACAGCGAAACCUCUUUGGUAUUUUCAUCUGCAGAAUCGAGUGGCGGAUGGUAGGGAGAGAGAACUUCCAAUCAAUCACUAGUUUCAUUUGAUACUGGGUGGGGAGAUAGACGUACUUCAGAAUUUCACUUCAGAAAAAUACCCUGUAUACAAAAACCUGUUUUACUGCUUGUUUAUUACACCCUCAUGAUUUAAAACAACGAAAUUAAUUUCCAAAUUUCUGGAGUAAUUGUGCUUCUCUAAUCUACAAUUUUGUUUUUACACAUUUACUAUUUUUGUGACUAUGUAGAAUUAUAUAUUUACUUUAUCAAUUCAAUUAACAAGUAUGCAACAUAAAACAAUUAUUUUACACAAAAAUACGAAAUAAUUACAGCAAGAUUACAUCGAUAUGGCAUUAAAUAAAACACAUCUGCAUAUAAUACGCCUGCAUUAAAAAAUAAUUUUCAUGAAAGUGAUUCUUUUUUACUAAUACACAAUAUUCCUUCAGUUUAAUAAAACAAAAUCUUGCAGACAAGAUGAAGAUUCUUCUUUUCUUGAAAUAUGCAUCAUUAGCCAAAUAUACUCUACCCGUUCAAAGGAAAGACAAAACUUUUCAAACCAUAAGAAAGGGAGGAAUGUUUUAUGGGAAUUUUCAACAAAACAUGAAUCAAAAAUACAACACAAUGUAGUACGUUCCUACAUGUAUAACCCCCAUAUUCCUACAAUUUUUUUUCGUGGAUUCGGGUCUUGUUUAUUGGGGUUGUUUACAUGCAAAAUAUCCCAAGGUCACUAGAACUACCCUAAUAAAAUUGAAAAUUUACAAUUAAAAUAAUUUUUUUUUUUUAAAUUAAGAAACAUAAUUUAUGAAUGUUCAUG